AUGGCGGGCGGAAGAAAUGGCGUAAGCAGGCAGAGCAGCGGUCUGUGGCGGUCUUUCAGAAACGGCGAUUUCGAAGAAGAAGACGUCUGGGAAGUUCUCAAAGAGAAAUCGAAAAUGACUUCAAAAACCUCCGAUGAUUCGAGUUUCUUCUCCGAUUCGUCGAUUCUCGAAACCGCUUCCGUAAAUCACCUUCUUCCGUCCGCUUCCAGAAUGAUUCCGAGGUCGAACGGUGGCGGAAAUGCUCAGAUUGCUUCAAGAUCGGCUCCUCGAUCGAUUCCGCAGUGGUUCAAACCUAACGGAAGUAUAAACCCUAGGAAUUUCGCUUCGGAGCACGAUGAUUCUUGGAGCGAUGGUGUUGCCAGUGACGGCGACGAAGAAGAUGAGGAAGGAUUUGAUAACAGAAUUCCGCCGCAUGAAUUGAUUGCGAAGCGACGAGCUAGGGCUCAGAUUUCGUCGUUCUCCGUGUUUGAAGGAAUUGGAAGAACUUUGAAAGGGAGGGAUCUGAGUAAAGUAAGAAACGCCGUUCUUAACAAAACUGGUUUUCUCGAAUCGCAGUCAUGA